UCCUCUCCCGCCUCCCUGCCCCGGCGUCGUUGGAGCUUCUCGGCCGCCUGCAAUCCAACAUGGAGUAGAGAGAGAUGGGGCUCUAGCGGGGCCACCCCUCGGUAACAGCAGCGACGACGCGCUUUUUACGCACAACUGGAACCGGAGUCGUCGGUGAAAACAUGCGCCUUAGGACUUAAAAACGGAGUGUGUGCCCUGUGCGCCCGUGUGUGUGUGAGAGAGAGAGUGCGUGCGAGUGUGAGUGAGUGAGUGUGUGUGUUUGGGCAGGGAGGGGGGGUGUAAUAGAAGACCGGAGCUGGAUUAAGCUACAAAAUUGUCCGUUCAUGCUAGGUGAUGGUGUGUUAAAGUUAUAGUAAAGCGGGCAUUCGCGAUCCAGAAGAAAGAGGGUGGCUCCGGGGGUAAAAGAGGAAAAUUUUAGGGGUAAAGAAGACGGAGGCGCAGCCAGUCGAAGGCAAGCAAAGAGCCGACACUCGCACAAAGGCGCAGGGGGGAUUUAUGCGGAAUUGGAGACAGAAUCGGAGGAGCCACGGUGAAAGAAUGACAAGCGAAAAGUAUGCAACCGCCGUGGUACAUUACCUGAGGUGAAACGAGAAAAUGAUAGAAGAAACACACCCAAACGAUGACAGCUACAUCGUACGUGUAAAAGCGGUGGUGAUGACGCGGGACGACUCGAGCGGUGGGUGGCUGAAUCAGGACGGGGGAGCUCUGAGCAGGGUAGGGGUGUGCCGCCUGCUGCCGACAGAGUUGGCACCUGUGUUGGGCUCCACCAGCUCCCAGUUCUUCAUCCGUGGUGAACGAAUGCGGGACAACCAGGUGAUCCUGGAUUGCCCGCUGAGGAAGGAUCUAGUGUACACCAUAGCGACGCCCACGUUUCACCAUUGGAAGGUGGAAGACAGAAGGUGCGGCCUAUCCUUCCAGAGUCCAGCUGAUGCCAGAGCUUUCGACAGGGGAGUUCGAAAGGCAAUUGAUGACCUGGCUGAAGGCUCCACGACCUCCUCUACGGCACUCCAGAAUGAGGGGGAGCUGGGUGACGAUGACGUCUUUACUAAUACCACAGACAGCUCAUCCAACUCCUCCCAGAAACUGGAGACCUCUCUGCAGCCGCUCGAGUCCUCGCCCCUUCCCCAGAGACACAAGUGCCCGCUGGGAUUUCGCCACGAUCCCUAUCGGCUCUCAGACCACUACUACUUGGACCAGCCAUUGUCUCGGAUUCCCCGCCAUGUCACCUUCGAGGACGAGGAAAUCGUCCGCAUCAACCCUCGGGAGCGCAGCUGGGAGCGGCCCGCCGAGCGUCAUCGUGGACGCCACUCAGAUCGCUCCUGGCUCACCGGCUACGAGGACUACCGCCACACAACAGUGCGUGACAAAUUCAUCAACAUGGACGACCCUGAGCCCAAUGUCCACUUUGACAAGACAGAGGCGCAGAAGCACGACUACACGUACCCGCUGGCACCGGCCCUGUCGCCCUCAGACUCUGAUCCCUCCCUUGGACCCUUAAACAGUAAGGGCCAAAACGUUUCGUAUCGCCAGCAGUUCCCGUCUGUGGUGUCCAGUCAGCCUCGCUCCCUACUCCCGAGCUCCUCUUCAUCCACCAAUGGUGGGAAGGGGCGGAAAGAUGACAGAAUGGAGCGUGCUCAGUGUGAGCACUGCGGUGAGGCUUUUUACCUCUCCAGCAACCGGAGAGGUAGGUGCCAGGAUGCUCCAGACCCGGUGCGCACGUGCAUCCGGCGGGUCAGCUGCAUGUGGCUGGCAGACACCAUGCUCUACCACUGCAUGUCUGACCCAGAGGGGGACUACUCAGACCCCUGCUCCUGUGACGGGGGCGAGGGUAGCGGGGGAGGCUGUCUGGGCACGCGCUGGUUAGCCCUGUUUGGUUUGUCUUUGGUGGCGCCCUGCCUCUGCCUCUACCCACCUCUCCACGCUUGCCACCGGGUAGGGCUUUCAUGCGGCUGCUGCGGAGGUCGACACAAGGCCCUGAGCUGAGCGGCCGUGCUUGGAAACCUCAGAGGGACACGACUCAAACCUAAACCCAAUGCAAGGACAGGGAAAGGGAAGGAUGGGGAAACGAACAGAAGGGACAAGUGGUCAUGGCUGCUUACUCUCUUGCCUUGUUUUCUCUGGGUUUCUCUACAAAUUCCAGACACUGAAAUAAGCCAAAAAAGAAAAAAACUGCUGGUGCAUUUUCUGAACGGCCUGGGAAGAUAAGCUCCCCCUUACGGCAGACAGUUCUCUCAGCUCUCCACGUGGCCAUUUGCUCUGUUUCUAGUGAGAGAGCACUCUUUUUCAGGGGGCCUUUUUUUUUUUUUUUUU